UUUCCCAUUCCAUUAUGUACCUCCCAUUGUCCCUCUUCCCCUUGCUCUCUUUCAAAGAACACUGAGGAUUAAACUUCAGCUAGCAACUCAAGGAAGAAAGAGGAAGAAGGAAAUCAAGGCCAUGAACUCUCUCGAAGCUUAAUUAGCUUGAACCGAAAUUGAUUGUGAGAGAUCAACCGUGAAGGAGGAAAAAAAAGAAAUGGAGAAAGGGAAACUUAUUAUACAAUCAUUAAUCUUAAUGUUACUUCCAACAUAUUUGUACCUCUGUUCAAGAGCCCAUGCAAUGAGCAUGAAUGAAAAUGAUGCAGAAAAUGUUGUCACAAGGACAUAUUAUCAUGACUUCUCUGUGAAAUCAACUGCUUGUACUAGGCUCUGUGAGACAAAAAACAUACUCACAGUGAACGAGCAAUUUCCAGGGCCUACCCUUCGUGCUCAUAGAUUGGAUACACUUGUUGUCAACGUUCAUAACCAAGCUGACCAUAAUAUCAGUAUACAUUGGCAUGGAGUAAGGCAGCUAAGAAAUCCAUGGGCGGACGGUGCAUCCCAAAUAACGCAAUGCCCCAUCCAGCCUGGUCGAAACUAUACAUACAACAUCACCUUCACAAGUGAAGAAGGAACUCUAUGGUGGCAUGCGCAUAGUCAUCUCUUGAGAGCAACGGUUCAUGGAGCCGUCGUCGUGCUUCCAAGACGAGGGACUAGUUACCCUUUCCCUGGACCUCAUCUAGAGGUGCCCAUCAUACUAGGAGAGUGGUGGAAGAUGGAUGUGGUUGAUGUUUACAAACAAGCAGCAGAAAAGGGGGAAGCUCCAAUGCACUCCGAUGCCUACACCAUCAACGGCCAACCUGGUGAACUCUACCCUUGUUCCAUACCAGACACAUUCAAGAUAACCGUCGAGCAAGGCAGGACUUAUUUGCUCAGAGUAAUAAGCGCCGCGAUGGAGCAACAGCUAUUCUUCGCCGUCGCUGGCCAUCGGCUAACACUCGUCUCAGCCGACGGCAGCUACACUAAACCCCUUGUUACCGACUACAUCAUGAUCUCUCCCGGACAAACUAUGGAUAUACUGGUGCACGCUGGUCAGUCCCCCAUGCGUUAUGCUAUGAGCGCGGGCCCAUUCGGCAGCGCAAUGGGCUCAAUGCGCCAUCACAUGGGCCUGGAUAUGGGCUCUAUGGGCCCUAUGCCCACCUCCAACGUAACCACGGCAAUAUUCCAGUAUAUCCAUAAUCCAUCAUCACCCUCAUCUAUGUCGACGAUGUUUCCUACUCUCCCUCUCUCUAACGACUCACGUUCAGCCAACAAUUUCACGAGACGGAUCAAAAGUCUCGAGAUUGACGGUUACGAGCGUGACAUUUUCACAAACGUCGUCGACGUGCACAUGUUCAUCACACUGUCUAUGGGUACGAUGCAUUCGGGUAGCAUGAACAACAUAAGUUUUGUUGAUCCCAAAGUCGACAUACUAAAGGCGUAUUAUGAACGUAUCUCUAAUGUUUAUGAAGAGGAUUUUCCAAAUGAGCCGCCAAGAAAGUUCAAUUACACCGGAGUAGGUUCGACGGAUGAGGAUUAUUGGCCACCAGAGUUUGGGACGAAGGUGAAGGUGUUGGACUACGAUAAGAAUGUGGAGGUCGUGUUCCAAUCGACGAGUAUUAUGUCGACGGAGAGCCAUCCUAUGCAUCUCCAUGGCCAUGGCUUCUAUGUUGUCGGGUUUGGAUAUGGGAAUUUUGAUCCGAACAUGGAUCCGCGAAAGUAUAACCUUGUGGAUCCGCCAAGACAGUCGACGGUUGCUGUGCCUUCGGGCGGGUGGGCUACAAUUAGAUUCAAAUCGAAUAACCCGGGUGUUUGGUUGCUACAUUGUCAUUUUGAGCAUCAUCACUAUAAGGGGAUGAGCAUGGUGUUCGUAGUUAAAGACGGGCCGAAUGUUUUCUCUAGACUUGAUCCUCCACCUCAGCGCCUGCCUGCUUGUUGAUAUUUCGCGUUGGGAUGAAGGAGAAACAGUUUCAAGGUCUAGCGCAUUUUAAUUUUAACUUUGAUGUAUCAAUAUAUAAAUUCCUUUUUCU